AUGAGAGACGGAUCGCAUCCCACAUCUGCACUGGAAGAGCAGGGCGAUGUCGAGGCUCAAGAAGGUCGCGCGGAUACGGAUACGGAUGCGGAUGCGGAUGCGGAUGCGCAUGCUCUCCCUUCUUCCACCUUCGCAUCCGCAUCCAAGCAUCAUCACAAGCAUAACGACCACCACACGCAGCAUGACGAUGACGAUGAUGAUGGUGAUGAGGAGGAGGAGGCAUCAGAAACAGGGGUCAGUCUCUGCUUCUUCUUAUUCUUCUUCUGAUGCGACUCUGACAUGUGGCAAGCUGACAUGUCGGAAGCAUAGCAUACUUACACCAACCCUUGUCCCUCCCUCCCCCUUUGAACUUAACAUCACAAUCAUAGCCCUCGCUCUGGCACUUGUAUUCCCUCAACCUGCGCAAUGCUCAUCUACCCCUCCCCCUCAACCCCCACGCUUCCGAAGCAGGUCCAAGUCGACCCGCAUCCGGACCCGAUGCAAGCCUAUCCCGCACCCCGACAUCGCAUCCACAGCAGCAAAAUCCAUCAUCUGCAAGAUGUGCAAGGAUCAGAUCCAAGUCCAGCGCUUCUACAGUGCGAGCUGCUAGUGGAGAGCGAGGCAAGGGGGAUGGGCGGAUGAGAGGAGAUGAGGAUGAGGAUGAGGAUGAGAAUGAGGAUUUUGAAGGAGUUGCUGGAGCUCAGGAGAAAUCCAUGGUCCGUGCCUGCCUCCACCGUAAGGAGCGGGAGCGGGAGCACGAGUCGUCGUCGGCGUCGUCGUCAACAUGCGAUGCAUCGCAGCAGCAGCAGCAGCAGCAGCAGCAGCAGCAGCAGCAGCAACAACAACAACAACAACGAGAUGCUCCACUCAGCGCACAUCUGCUCGAUGCGCAGCUGAUCCUUCUCGGCGUGCAAGUAUGGAAGGAGAAGAGUGGCGAGUGGAAGCUGUCGGAUGUGGAGCUGGAUGUUUCGAAGGAGAAGGUGCAUCAUAGUUGGAGCGCUGUACCUCUGCAACACGUCGCGCUGGAUGCGAGGGGCAGGGAAUGUCCCUUGAGGCUCAAAUGCCUAUUGAGACGGCCCGUCGCCGGUGGGAGAGAUGAGCUUCUGCUGCGUAAGCGCGAGGGCCAGGGGGAGGGGGAGGAGGAGCAGGAGGAUGUGCGAGAGCAGCGGAGCGAUGAGCACGAGUGGACUUGCGCUUGGGAAGCCGACGUGAUCUGCAGGGAUUUGAUAAGGGUGGAUUUGCAACUUGAUGUGAGUGAGGAGACGUGGUAGAAAUGAGGGGGAAUCUGCCGAGAAACGUAAAGAGAGAGGGAGAGUGAGAGCCGCUGAUAUCCAAUUAUUGGCGCACCCCGCUUUCGCGCAUACGAUUCUCCCCUCCGCGCACAUAGAAGUUGACGGGGAGCCAAAACGAUUUCGUGUUGGGUUUCAAAUCCGAAUCGGAUGUGAAAGAAGUCUUUUACAGAGUAGACUUGCCCAGCAGCAGCAGCAGCAGCAGAACUUGCGUCUCGAGUUCGCAUUCGCACGCACGCACGGAUUCGGGCGCUCUGGCCAUAUCCAGCGCGCAGGGAGUGCACGCUGUUAAGGCACCGAAGAGGCAAGAAGGUCAUUCCAGACCCAAAGCGACGCGCGCUACUUCUGACGUGUUCAAGAGGAGCUUGAGAGAGACGCGCAUGGUUGCUGGCUACGAGAUGGAGGAGCUUGAGAAAGUGCUGGCGGUCAGACGAGAGAGGGUGCGAGAAGGAGAAGAAUUGAUCAGGUUGAUGAGAUGGACGGAUGAGUUGCUGCUAGACGGAGGCGUUGUGGGCAUGCUUGUGAGUCGAUGGGGGGAGGGCCAACUUUACGCAAUGAUGCGUGCAUUGGCACCAAAGGCGUGGAGAUGUAAGCUGAGCCUGAAUUCAAAUGCGCAUUAGGAUCUCAAAAAGGCCAGCUUGAAGGAAGCGCUCAGAGGUCUUCGAGCGGACAAGGAGCGAGGAAAAGAGCAAGUGAAAAGAGGUGAGCUGAAUUGCGUUUCGACGAGGUUCUGUCCUUUGCGUCCAGCGCUGCGCAUGGACUGAGAAGCGAUACGGUAUGGCAGCGCGUGCGACGCUCUUGGAGAGGAGACAGGCAUUGAGUAGGAGAAGAGCUAGAUUGGAAACUGCACGAAGAGCCAGCGCGGCGGAAGAGCGCGCGCUGAGGCGUACCGGGGAUGAAAUUGAGACUUUAAAGUGAGCGGCGAUCUGCAUCCCGAAACGCGCGCGCGGAACGUGUCCCGUUGGCACUGAUCACCGCUUCCCGUAUCUCGAUCAUCGGGGCGCCCAGGAGGACAAAGGAAGAGCAAAAGGGGGCUCUGUACGAUCGACGAGCCUCACUGCUUCGUUCGCUCGAGAUCAUCUAUCCUAUCGAUCUUCUCUCCGCUUGCGAUCUGCUCUUCAGCAUCUGUCGUAUACCUCUAUCCAACGAUGCAGCUCUCGAAAGCUCUUCCAGCGCCAAGACCACAAAAGAACAGCAGCUGCAGGACGACGAUACUUGUUCCUCCGCUUUGGGCCACGUGGCUCAACUCGUCAUUCUCUUGGCACACUACUUGAACGUUCCAAACCAUUAUGUCAUCGCUACGGCUGGCAGUAGAGCCGUCAUCAAGGAUCCUAUAAGCGUCAUGACGGGUCCCAGAACGUGAGUUGUGCGCAGGUGCAGCCUGCCCCUUCUUGAGCACCACGAUCUGCGGAGGGGUAAAUGGUGUCGAGGACACACAUUUGGCAGAUGUGACCGAAAGAUCUCGGCCGCUCAGCUUUGCCGCUGUACAAAUGUUCCAGCUCGCACUUUGUCUUGGAGCUCAACCUUGCCUUUUUUCCUCUGUGGCCCCAAACCCCCUUUUGCCGCCUCAGCUUCCCGCUCUAUGCAAAAGGAGUGGAGCAUUACAGGUACGAAUAUGCCGUCUUUCUACUCAACAAGGACGUAGAGCAAGUGAGUGCGGCGCAGCGCAGGUAAACGCAUCUCGACUUCGACUCGGAUUGCAUAUCUAAUGUUUUGCCUUUAUAUUUUGCUUUGCCUUGCUUCCAAACACGCCCCCCCCUCUUUUUUUCCCACCACUCUUGUCUGCUGACGCUAUCAUCGGUUCAGCUGAUGAAUUUGAACAAGAUCACCGUGCUCGAUAUUCGACAUACGCUUGCUAAUCUCAAGAAUCUUUUGGUCACGCUCACGGCGCAGAGGAGUCGGCCUGUGCGCGUGAGUUUAUGCGCCUCGCCUUCGUUGCUUGUCGCCGUGUCUCUUGUCAGGCAUCAGACGUCGUGUUUGUGCGGGACCUUACAAGAGGAAUUGCGUCUCUAUCCGCACUCGCACCCAUCGCUCACACGCGCCCCGUCCCCGCGCCUUUCAGUCGCACAACGCCUCCAAAUCGCUUCGGUGA